ACUCCCCAAACCACAAACAUCAUAGCAUUUGCACUUCCCACAGAAGAGAGAAGAAGAGGGAGAGAGAUUUGCCUAAUUAAGCAAAACCACACAUAGAGAGUAAUCACAAGUUUUUUUUUUUUUGGGAUAAAAUUCAUCACUAGUAUUAAUUAUAAUGCAAAACCCUCCUCAUCAAAGAAGUGAGAGCUUUGUCAUACAAGUCAUUACAAGAGAAGGAGAUCGCCAAGAGCCUCCUCCUCAAAGAGCCGCCGGCCAUCCUCGUAGUCCUCCUUCCUCGAACUUCUCCUCAAUGAAGAUCUUCAACCGGUUCCGAAAGAUCAUCAUGAGGCUCGUCUUCUCGCUGCCUUCUUCUCGCGGGCCAUCGUCAGGCACCUCCCGGGGUGGCGGGUCAUCUGACUACAAGCCCGAACCCCCCAAGACGUCUUGCAGCUCCUACUACUCGUCGCACUCGCACUACAACGAGGCAAUCGCGGACUGCAUCGAGUUCUUCAACAAGUCGUCCCAGGAGGGGUGGUUGUCAGAAGGGAGAAAAUCUGAUGUCAAUAUUGUCUGAACGAUAUCUCAUGUAAACUAUUUCACCAUGUUGUCGAGUAAUAUUUUCCCUAUUGUGCCCCAUAAUCUCUCAAUUUCU